GCUGCACAGGACGCCGAAAUGGCUGUUACAUUCCUUCCGGGAAAAUUCUUGUUAGGGUUGGAUAUAGAUUUAAAAAAUAAUGAGUAUCGUUUUGGAAGUGGGAUAUCUUUUUCGAUUUGUAUAAUUUAAUGACAUGAAUACAGUGAAAUAAAUAUUCCACAUGUGAAUCUAGAUUUUAAUGAUAAUUUUAAAGUAUUUUGUGUUGGAGUGCACAUACAUGUGUGUGUUCAUCAUAAGAUCAUCAUCUUGUUAAGUAACAUAUCUUGUUAAGUAACAUAUCUUGUUGAGGAAUGUUUUCAUCAUUCAAAAGUCAUCAAAAAAAAUGAUACAACAUUUGGGAGUAAUGUGUCCAUUAUGACAUAGAAGAAAAUCAAGAAACAUUCUCCUAGUGGCAUUGUUUUUAAUUGUCUUCUUUAAAAAGUUGGACUGAACUGAAGUGUGAAAAUAAAACUGUACUAUAAAAAUGGCGGAUGAUUUAAUUCCUACCAAAGAUAUUAGCAACAAUGCUAACCGCAAUUUACCUAAUGAAGCCAUCCUGAAAAAGUCUCAGGUUAGUAAAUAUUCCCGUGAUGAGCUUGAAGACAAGUUUCUGCGAAUGUAUGAAGAAUAUAUCAUUCUUAAGAAACAUGCUCGCAAGCAAGAAGAUAAAAUCAAAAGAAUGGCUACCAAACUUCUCCGUCUUGUCAAUGAUAAAAAGAAAUUAGAAAAAGAAGGAAAAGGUGUCAGGAGUGUUGAAGUAGAAGAAAAGUUUGAAGAAAUGACCGCCCGUAUACAAGCUCUAGAAAAACAAAACAGCCAACUUAAAGAAAAGUUAACACUAACUAAACAGAUGGCUUCUGUUGGUCCUAAGAGAGGAACCUACACACAUGUCCGUGCUGUGAUUGAUACAAAUCGCAUUCCCAGUAAACAUAGUUCCACAGUACAGAUAGACCCAAGAAUCACUCACAAAAAUUUGAGAGUCAUGGGACCUCAUCCUACACAUGUCACAAUGACCUCUUCUGAACAACAAUUACUGAGAAGCUCUCCAUCACCACAGUAUGGUCACAGUAUUUUAGAAGCUACAAGAGCUGAUAAAAAUAGAUUAGAAGACCAACUGGCUCAGAUGCGAGAACAGGUUCAAGUUUAUGAAAUGGAAAUAGAGAAUUUAAAAGAACAAAACAAACUACAAAAAGCUGAAUUUGAUGAGGACUUGUUGAAAAUUAAACAGAAAAUUACGACUGAUCAAAAGCACAACUUACAGGAGAAUAUUGACAUGAUCAAGUUACAGAGAGAAAUAAAAGAGAAAUCAACAGUGUUGACAGUGCUACAGAGUAAAUAUGAGCAGCUGGAACAGAGUAGCCGAACCGUUAAACAGGCCCAUGAGCAGAUCCUGAGAGAAAUGGAACAUUUGAAUCUCCAGCUUCAGGAGGAAGAAAACAGGAAUCUGACUUUGCAAAACCAGCUGAAGCUCUCCAAUAAUAAUGAGAAGAAAGUCCUAGAGCUCCAAGAACAAGUGUCAGACUUACAAAAAGAAUGCAAUGUGUUGAAAGAAGCUAAUGAGAAGCUGGUCAGCAGUGCCUUUGACUUGGAGAGAGAGAGAGAGUGGAGGCAAAGAGAAAAUACCUUGAAAGUUCAGAUUGCUCAGUUAGAGGCUACACUCAAGUCUGAUCUUGGGGAGAAGGGAGGUAUCAUUGACAAAUAUGCCAUGGAGAGAGAUGCUCAUGAAAAACUGCAAGCUGAACACAGAGAGCUAUCAGUGAACUAUUACACCUUGAAAGAACAGAUGGAUGAUUUAAAUGAAAAGAUGAAGUUUUUCACAAAGGAAAGUCAAGUUGAUUUCACAGAGAUAGAAGAAGCUUUAGUCUUGAUCAAGCAGAAAAAACAGAGAGAUCAGAGACCACCAGAUUUCUUGCAGGAAGUGGAGGAUGAGUUCCACAAAGAUCACAAGAAAGCACUUCUUGAACUACAGGCUGAGUUUGCUGAAACUGUUCAUGAGUUGGAAAAAACUCGUAACAUGCUGAUAGUCCAGCACAAGAUCAACAAAGACUACCAGACUGAGGUGACCCUGUCGACCAACAAAUUGGAUGAGGUUAAGAAAGAGUAUGAGAUGAAACUAGAUGAAUAUGCCAGGUUGUUGGACAUACGAGCUGCUCGUAUCAAGAAAUUGGAAAGUCAACUGCGUGAUGUUGCCUAUGGUACAAGACAGUAUCGUAUACCUCCACCAGAUGAUGAUGCUGAGUCAACUAUCACAGAUUUUGAUGAGACUGUCAGUUUAGAAAGAGGGCAGAAUCUUUUUGAAAUUCAUAUUGACAAGAUCAAUCUGUCAAAAGAUGCUCUUGAGAAAAUUGGAGAUGAGGAACCAAAUCUCUUCUGUACUUGGGAAUUCUUUGAGUUUGAAAUUCAGUCUACUCCAGUUGUUAGAGGAGCAAGACCUGUCUUUGACUUCACUUCCCAAUACAUCGUCAGAGUGGAUGAUUUCUUUCUACAUUACUUACAAAAGGAUUCCUGCACAGUGGAGCUACACCAAUCCUUUGGCCAGGAUUAUAAAACCAUUGCUGCUUGCCAGUUGGUAUUUAGUGACAUUUUUGACAAACUGCAUGGCAGAAUUCAUGGCACAGCAAGUCUAACAGGAAUCACUGAUGGAGAAACUGGAAUUGGGUAUGGUACUAUUGAUUACUGGGUUCGGAUGAGAGUUCCUAUGGAACAGGCAUUAAGGCUGUACAAGGAAAGAACAAAAGCACUUGGAUACAUCAUGACCAACGAGAGACUGACAAAGCAAGCCCUGGAGGCAUUGGAUGAAACAGCUGCAAUGCGACCUCCAGAUAAUAUCAAUGAGCUACAUGUCAAGAUCAUCAGAUGUUCCAGACUUCAGUCUCGCAGACCAAAUGUUCAGCCAUCUCCGUAUUGUGCCUACAAAUUGCUAGACUUCCCUGACCAUGACACCAUCAUCCUCCGGAACACCAACAAUCCAGAGUUCAAUGAUCACAAAAUUUACAGUGUCCCUGUGUCUGCUGAACUGGACCAGUAUCUACGUACUACUAAGCUUCAGUUGUUUGUAUUUGACGACACUGACCCGGAUGUUGAGUCCUACUUGGGUUUGGCUGAGAUACCCCUAUUGCCUUUGGCACACAACAAGCCUGUCUCUGGAGAGUUUCAGCUGACCAGAGGAGCUGGUAAUGCCCAGUCAGGGGUGAUUGAGGUGGAAAUGAAAUGGCAGUACAUAUACCUUCCUCCCAAGCUGCCAAAACAUGAACCUCAGGAACCAGAAACAGCAGAUGUAAAGAUGCCACGUCCACCAGUUGACCAUCCCACACCUGAAGAACUUGUUGGUCCAGUCAGACCUGAGGCACCACUGAGUCCCAAGAAACAGAGAGGGCCAACAGCUACAUCCACACCCUUAGACAAGAACAAACUGAAAGCUGUUGAAGACCAGAUUAUUCCUGCUGGGUCUCAUCAGCCAAAAGCAGCAGCCCGGCGUAAAGUUCAAAUAUCUGAAGAUGAAACUAAUUACUCAGAGAACAAGUCUAAUGCUGUCAAUGACACAGUGUCUAGGGUGGUGUCAAAUUUUAUGCCAAGCAUGUCAGAGUCAUUGACUGACACUUUGCAAGACCAGAAUCAUCACAUGCCUUCUACUAUAUUAGAAGAAACAGCAUCAAGAUUGCCUAGAAAACCUUCUGUGGAGAGUGAAGAAGGUGAAGAAUUACAGGCCAGACCUACACCUCCAAGGUCAAGUCUGCAGAUGGAAUCUGGAUCUGAAGAUGAGUCUGAGCGUUCACUUUAUGAACAUUACUCCAAAGUCUCUUCCUACAGUAUUCCUAAGCCAAUGGUUCGAACAAAGUGGUUAACUGGUAAAACUAUGAAAGAUGCUUAUCUGAAACCAAAAUCUCCAGUUAGUUCCACACAUGAAGAUGAAGGCAAUAUUGAAGAGGAAAUUGAAGAGGACAUUGAGGAUGAAAGUAAACAUGAGGUGGUUGACUCAGCCAGGAGCUCCGAAGUUUCAGAGACUACAGCUGUUGAGUCUGACAGUGAAGGAGUCAUGCUUCAGAUGUCAUCAAAAUCAAAGAGAAAAAGUAAACAAACAAAGGCAUCCAACACAGUGACUAUAGUCAUUGCAGAGUUAUCUCUAGAUGAAGACUCUCCACCUAUGCUUGAUGAGAAUGUCAAGCAGUUGUUUGUUGAGUACAGGUUUUAUGGAGUGGACCCGAGUGAGACAGAGACUCCAUUCUCCUUGCCCAAACCAAAGCCCCAUCAGCCCAUACAAUUCAACUUCAGUAAAACAAUCCCUGUAGAUCUGGACACACACUAUGAACGUAGGAGAUACUUGGCCAGUAUGUUGCUGCCCAAUCAUCCGGAGAAAGGGAGGUUAAAGUUCACAGUUGUGUCUGAGCCCCCAGAGUCUACAGAUCUCGAAUGUGAGGAUGUGGCUGUGGCCUAUGUAGAUCUCAGGAAAAUGUUAAGGGAAGAUAAAGAUUUGAAAGAGCAGAAUAUUGAAUUGCUGGAUGUAGCUACAGAGAAAAAUGUGAUUGGUCACUUGUUGGUCACUGUGGAGUGUGUGGCUGUCAUGAAGGCUGUACAGUCAGAAAUGCAGACAGAUGGCACAAUUUAAUGGCACCCAUAUCUUCAUAAGAUACAAUAUGUUGUCACUGAUAGACAAAUAUCUACAAAGUAGAAUCAUAGCUGUCUUCUAGAUUUGUGAAGACACAAAGCAAUGUGUAGUGUUCCUUUAUGCCAAACAUUUGCUUCAUUCCUUUUAUCCAUCCGUCCUGUUUCUGUUUUGAAUCUAAAUAAGUUCUUUGUUUCAAGAACAAGUAUUUUUAAUGAACUAUGUCUUCUACAUAAUGAUCGACAGCCAAAAUACAAUUGUUUUCCAUUGUCUUCAAUCAUGAAGAAAUAGUGCAGCUAGUACAAUAUAUGCUUUGUAAAUAUCCAUUUACAUAAUAGAUCUAGAUCUGUUUAUCAAUGAAAAAUAUUUUUACAAAUUCCAACUGAUAAAUGCUUAUAGCGAAGAAUCCUGUUAAGUGAUUAUAAAAUACAUAUCUUGAAACAUGUCGAUGCUUUUUUUUUCUUCAAAUAUUUGUUACAAUUUGAAUUUUACAAAGUUAUAAUUCUACCUCCAAAAUAAAAAGUGAUAACUAUAGCAUUCUGAGUUUUUUUUUCUCCUUUGUAUCAGAAAAGUUCAGAACUGUUCCAAUAAAUACUUAACUUUGGGUCUCACUAACAAAUCUUACAAUAAGGUAUUAGAAUCAACAAAAAUGUAAUGAGCUCCUCCACCCUGGAAGAAAGGUUGUGCUCCUUCCAUCCUCAUGUUUCUCUAUUUCUAUUGCAAUUGUUAUUUGUUUUAAAUGUUAGUUGUUUUUUUUCCACUCUCCCAUUCAGUUUGACCAUUAGUUAUUAAAAAAUUAUUUGAUUUUUGUGUAUAACAUAAAAAUAUUUAAAAUAAAAAACUUUUUAAUGCAGCCAUGAAUGGAAAUCUUUUUUUUUCUUGUCUCAUCUCAUUUGUGUGUACAUUUUACUAGGACGAAUGUGCUCAUGGUAGAAUAGUUGUAGUUCUAGGUCAAGUGUAAGAAAACAACACUAAUUGUGUGAUGAGCACUCCAAUAUCAAGGUUGAAAUAAUAUCACCAUUGUUCAACAUAAAAUGGCAAUGCCAAUAAAUGAAAACAAGAACAUUCUUAGUUGAGUGUUAUUUUUAUACAACUGACAUCAAUUUUCUUCACACAUAUACACACACAUGAAUCUUUUAAACACACUUAAAUUGGCUUUUUACAAACCAAUGAAAGUGUACAAUUUCUUUUCAAAAUGGACUAUGCUUAAAUGUAUAUUAAUGCCACCUAAGACUUCCCAAUUCUAAAAUAUUGUAAAUGUAACUUUAAUGAAUAGGAAAUUGACUACGUGGCCUACUAAAUAAGGUGUAAUAAAUACUUUUAUUAGUCUACUAUUUUAUUGCAUAGCUGUUUCUAAGCUGUUUCAUUCUGCCA